AUGGCACCUCCUCGUUAUGGAAAUCAGUCCAUAAACGGGCCCUAUCAUAUUCAACAGAACCACCUGCAGUCGCAUCAGCACGGCACUCUACCCCCUCCAGCCCACCUUGGCACACCCUCCUUCGGCGCCGGCGGCUCUUCGAAUGCAAGCCCUUUCGCACUGGCUGGAAAUCUGAGCAAUGGCUUCGACCGGAGCAUGCUCGACGGCAGCGUACUCCCCAAUCAUAUGGCACAGAUUUCCUUUGCUAGGGGAGGUCCUGUACAAACACAUCAGCACUAUGACGGUCUAGGUGGUCCGCUUGACAACAAAGAUGAUGCAAGAAUCCGGAAUGUGUGGAAGCACAACUUGAAAGAAGAGAUGGCUACGUUGAGGCAGCUUGUCGAUAUAUAUCCAUACAUUGCAAUGGACACAGAAUUCCCCGGCAUUGUCGCGCGACCAAUAGGCCAAUUCACUACAAAGCAGGACUACCACUAUCAGACAUUAAGAUGUAAUGUUGAUCUCCUCAAAAUGAUCCAGCUUGGAAUCACUCUUUUCAAGCCCGACGGAACACUCCCUCCACCUGAUUCCUCGUCGACAAGCAAGACGCAAUUUCACCAAAACAUUCUGCCCACUCCUUGUACUUGGCAGUUCAACUUCCGCUUUUCCCUCGAAUCAGACAUGUACGCUAGAGACUCGACCACGAUGCUCGCAAAGGCUGGCAUUGACUUCGACCGACAUGCCAAACAUGGCAUCGACCCUGAGGAGUUUGGUGCCUUACUGAUCAGUUCGGGCCUUGUUCUGGAUCCCGACGUGCACUGGAUAUCAUUCCAUUCGGGCUACGACUUUGGAUAUCUCAUGAAGCUGAUGAUCUGCAAGCCACUACCCGAAGAUGAAUUGCAAUUCCACAAGUACCUGGAGAAAUUCUUUCCUUCUCUCUUCGACAUCAAAUACAUUCUCAAACACAUCGGUCUAAAGGGACAGGUCAACAGUGGGCAACCCCUUACCCAGGAAGCCGGGCUAAUAGUCCAACGGCUGAUGACCAAAUCAGGUCUCCAGGAUGUCGCAGAGGAACUCGCUGUUGCUCGCCUCGGCCAGGCCCAUCAGGCCGGCUCGGAUUCCUUGCUUACUGGGCAGGUGUAUUUCAAGAUGAAGGAGAAAAUCUUCAAUGGGACGAUUGAGGAGGACAAAUAUCGCUCCCAAGUUUGGGGCUUGAACACGCAGAUGCCGACGGCUGGAGGCGGAGGCCCCGGGAACCGUGAUUUCAACACGCCAAACAUGAACGGAGCCACCUUUUACAGCCACAACGGUACGCCUACAACACCGCAGACCGGGAAUGUCGGCAUGUCAGCUGGACCAUCGCAUACUCCUGUCGCGAGUCAUGGCAUGAUGGGAAGUAUGACACCGGGAGGAUUUGGAAACUUCCAAUACCAAAAGGCAAUGAGCUAG